AUGCCAGCUGUCCCGUCGCCGGCCAGUGAGCUGACGCCAGCUGUGCGGGAGGCGGCAGCAGCAGCAGUGAGGGGUGCGCUAGAGAAGGGUCGGAAGACGGUGUGGGAGCUGGCUGCUCGAAGGGUGGCGGCUCUUUUAUCUGCUCCUCCUGUGUGCUCUUGGCACCUCGGAGCAGUUCCUGCAGUGAAUCUUGCAGCAGUGAGGGGUGCGCUAGAGAAGGGCAGGAAGACGGUGUGGGAGCUGACUGCUCGAAGGGUGGCGGCUCUGCUAGUGAAUCUGGCAGCAGCAGUGGAGAAGGCGGUGUGGGAGCUGGCUGCUCGAAGGGUGGCGCCUCUGCUGUCUGCUCCUCCUGUGUGCUCCGGGACUUCUGAGCAAUUCUUGCAGGUUCUCUGCCUGGUCGAAGAGUUUGUGCUGGCAGGGGAGGCGUUCACUCAAGCAAAGGCUGGGAGCCUGAGUCUUAGGGCCAAGAGGCACUCACCAUUCACCUUCUGGAUUCUGCUGCCUCCCUACCCACCCUCACAUCCCCUACAGAUUCUUUGCCUGAUCCUGUGUCUGGUGGAGGAUUUUGUGCUGGCAGGGGAGGCGUUCACCCAAGCAGAGGCGGGGAGUCUGAGGGCCAAGAUGGGUCGGCAGUGCGACCAGUUCUUUCGGAACUACCACAGACAGGCACUGGAGGGCCACGAUGGUUUGGCAGUAGACCAGUUCUUUUGGAAUUACCACCGGCAGGCACUGGAGGUUCUGCGUAUGAUGGUGGAGAGGGAAACAUGGCAGCCCCUCCCCCCGUCCUCCCAGCAAGCCCCCGAGGUGCAAAGUCUCAUCUCCGCUCGCUCCACGCUCGCCCGCUCGCCCGCCAAAAUGCUCACCUCGAGUCCCAGCGACUCUGCUCUUGCUGGGGGCGGAGGAGCAGGAGGUGUGGGGGGAGCGGGAGGAGCAGGAGAGGGAGGAGCAGGAGGAGUGGGAAUGGGUGUGGGAGGGGUGGGAAGGGAGGGAGGUGUGGAGGCAGGACGUGUGUGGGAUUUUAGUCACUGGAUGCAACUAGACCAACCUUUCAAUGUAGAGAAUGUGAGGGGUGGGAGGGAGCAACUGGACGCAGCAAGCGGGAGAGGGAGAGGAGCGGGCGGAGGGGGAGGAAGGGGAGCAAGAGGGGUUAACAGCGGUGGAGUGGGGUGGGAUGGGCCGCAGGGGAUGCUGAGGGAGUUGGUGGUGGUGUCGCAAGGGGGGAUGGGGGGAGUGGCGCGGGAGAGAGCACGGGAGAGGGAUCGGGAGAUGCUGCGAGAUAAAUUCAUGGAUAUGGAACGAGAGAGGGAGAGGGAGAAGGAGCAAGAGAGGGGAAGGAUGAGUCCACAUUCAGCGUAUCAGAGCCCAGGAGGAGCAUAUGGAGCAGGGGUUUCUUCUGGGGGAGGUGGAUAUGGGGUAGGUAGGUUUGGAAGUGCAGCAGAGGGGGUGAACGAGCUUCGGCAGUACAGCUCUGAGCGAGUAGCUCCAAGAAAUGCCGCCCCAACUCCCACUGGCUCUGCUGAUGCUGGUGGUGAUGCUGGUGGCGGUGGUAGCUGGGGCAGUGGGUAUGAUUUGAAGAGUAAUAGCUACAGCCACAGCAGAGGUGGUGGUGCUGUUGCCGCUGCUAGCCCUUCCGGUGUUGCUGCUGUUUGUAGCGAUCCCACUGCUGCUGUGAGUGUUGCCAGCAGUGGCAUGAGAGGGGUUGGGAGCGGUUUAUUGAGGAUGCGAGAGGAAGGGGAAGGAGUGGAGCAGGAGGAGGAGGAGGAGGAAGAGGAGGAGGAGGAGGAAGAGGAGGAGAGUGAGGAGUUUCCCUUCCUUCCCCACUCCCCCUCCCUGCUGCCGCCCUCCCCAUGCUGCCCUCCUCAUGCCGCCCCCCACCUUGCUGCCCUUUCCUUGCCGCCCCUCCCCUCACCGCCCUCACCCUACCACCCUCCUUCUCCCGCACGGCAGGCUAAUGGACUAUCAGGUCACGCUGGUGUUCUCUCUGGCAACUCCCAAUACCCCCUGCUGAUGGACUAUCAGGUCACGCUGCUGUUCUCUCUCGGACCCAUCUCAGCUGACGUCAUCAUGUCCGUGUGGCAGCUAUUCGACCUCUACCUCAUCACAGUGUUCCGCAUAUUCGGCCAUCGGGAGGCCUUUGCUGCCCUGCGAUCCGCCGACUCUGCCGCCGCUCACUUGCUAUCCCCCAAGCUCCGUGCAGUGCUCACCAAGAUCCUGCACAAGUUAGUUCCAGGCCGGUUCAAACAAACUGGCACCAGGGUGCUCAUCUCCUCCUCCAACUUCUAUGCUCUCAGGGAGCGGUGUGUGGCGAUCGAGUCGCUGCUAUGGCUCUCCCACGUGGUGCAGGCAGCACGGCAGCGCUUCCUCUCGCACCUUCCCAACAGCGGUGAGCGGUGUGUGGCGAUCGAGUCGCUGCUGUGGCUCUCCCACGUGGUGCAGGCAGCACGGCAGCGCUUCCUCUCGCACCUGCCCAAGGCUUCGUGGCCGCUCCUUGAGUCCUACACCUCCGAAACCCUGGAGGUGGUACCAGAGCUCUGCGAGCAUGUGAUGAGAACAGCUGCUCGAUUGCUCAUCAACUUCACCAGUUACGCAGACAAGAUCGCAGCAGGGAGAUGGGAGUCCCACGACGUCACGUCCUACCACAGCCCCUACGUGGAUGCGCUCCUGUCGGAAUUCCGCCUCCUGCUACAGAGAUUGAACCACCUGGGCAUCCCAGUCCAGGUGCAGCACCAGCUGGUGCAGUUUGCAAUGGAGGCAGUAGCAGACGUGCUUGUCGAGGGCUUCUCGCGAGUCAAGCGCUGCUCCAAUGAAGGCCGGGCGCUUAUGUCCCUCGACCUGCAGACGCUGAUCAAUGGCUUGCAGCAACUCACAGGGCGCCGCCCAGACAUGCAGAUUGUUGACACGUACAUCAAGGCCGUCUACCUACCUGAGACAGAGUACCUAGAUUGGGGCCUUAUGAGUUGUCUCAAUUACGCCCUCCAAACUCCUACCCUCCUCUACCCCCCCCACCUCUCUUCCCUGCAGGCCUUCUACCUGCCCGAGACAGAGUACCUCUACUGGGCGCUCAGCCACGCUUUGAGAGAGAGUACCUAG